AAAGUUCAAGGGGGCCGAAUACUUUCGCACGGCAAUGUAUGGGGGAUACAAUCUUCUCAGCUCUGCAGAUUUUGCUGCAAGGAGGCAGAGUCAUUAGAUCAUUUAUUUUGGUACUGUCCAUGUGUAGCUCGUUUUUGGUCACAGUUCCAGGAAUGGCUGAAGAAUUGCAACAUUUGCCUAGAAUUAAUGCUGCAGAUAGCAAUACUGGGUGAUUUGAAAAGCCAUAGUCAAUCAAUCAAUAAUAUAAUAAUUAUUUGAGCAAAAAUGUUUAUCUUUAAUUUACAAUCUGUAGAAACUAUGAGAAUAGAAAGGUUCAGUACUUUUGUGAAGCAUCACAGCACAGUUGAAAAAUAUAUGGCAAAUAGGAAACCAAUAUGGAUGGUGUUAAGAGAUAGAUGGGAGGGGUUUAAUGGAGCUGAAAGGUGGGACUAAUAAUAACAAGAUAACACAUGUAAAACAUACAGAGUCUGUAAAAUGUAUAUAGGUUCAGAACUUUUGUGAAAUAGUACAGUUACAAAUAUAUGGUAAAUAGAAAUCAAACUGGAUGGACAUCAGAAAUAGAGGAAGGACUAAAAACAAAUUAAAUAGAACUAUUGUAAAACAGAUUGUCUUUAAAAUGUGUAUCGUAUGUAUAAGCUGGAAGUAGAAGCCUAAGUGUUUUUGUUUAUUAGUUACUCCAAUUGGGGGAGCGGUGAUAGGAUUUGUGGGGGAUAAUAAGGGAUGGUAUAUACUAAAAAGUGUGUAUAUGUAUAUAUGUAUGUGUAUGCAUAUAUAUAUACACUACAGUUCAAAAUGUUUGGGGUCACUUAGAAAUGCCCUUGUUUUGAAAGAAAAGCAAAUUUUUUGAUCAUUAAAAUAACUUCAAAUUCAUCAGAAAUACAGUGUAGACAUUGUUAAUGUUGUAAAUGACUGUUGUAGCUGGAAACAGCUGAUUUUUCAUUGAAUAUCUACAUAGGCGUACAGAGGCUCAUUAUCAGCAACCAUCACUCCUGUGUUCCAAUGGCACGUUGUGUUAGCUAAUCCAAGUUUAGCAUUUUAAAAGGCUAAUUGAUCAUUAGAAAACCCCUUUGCAAUUAUGUUAGCACAGCUGAAAAUGGUUGUGCUGAUUAAAGAAGCAAUAAAACUGUCCUUCUUGAGACUAGUUGAUUAUCUGGAGCAUCAGCAUUUGUGGGUUUGAUUACAGGAUCAAAAUGGCCAGAAACAAAGAACUUUCUUCUGAAACUCAUCAGUCUAUUCUUGUUCUGAAAAAUGAAGGCUAUUCUAUAUGAGAAAUUGCCAAGAAACUGAAGAUCUGGUACAACGCUGUGUACUACUCCAUUCACAGAACAUUGCAAACAGUCUCUAACCAGAAAGAAAGAAUGGGAGGCCCCGGUGCACAACUGACUAAGAGGACAAGUACAUUAGAGUGUCUAGUUUGAGAACCAGACGCCUCAACUGGCAGCUUCAUUAAAUAGUACCCGCAAAAAAACAGUCUCAAUGUCAACAGUGAAGAGGUGAUUCCAGGAUACUGGCCCUAACAGAACACAGAGGGUGUUCUUUAAUAAUAAACAUGAUCCAGGUAGAAUCAGGAGUUCCCCAGUGUAGCUGUUCAGGCCCCUUACUUUUUUCAAUAUUUACUGACGACAUGCCACUGGCUUUGAGUAAAGCCUGUGUGUCUAUGUAUGCGGAAUACUCAACACUAUACACAUCAGCUACGACAGCAACUGAAAUGACUGCAACACUUAACAAAGUGCUGCAGUUAGUUUCAGAAUGGGUGGCAAGGAAUCAGUUAGUCCUAAAUAUUUCCAAAACUAAAAGCAUUGUAUUUGGGACAAAUCAUUCACUAAACCCUAAACUUCAACUAAUACUGGUAAUAAAUCAUGUGGAAAUUGAGCAAGGUGCGGUGACUAAACUGCUUGGAGUAACCCUGGAUUGUAAACUGUCAUGGUCAAAACAUAUUGAUACAACAGUAGCUAAGAUGAAUGUCUGUUCAUAAUAAAGUGUUGCUCUACCUUCUUAACAGCCCUAUCAACAAGGCAGGUCCUACAAGCCCUAGUUUCUACCUUCUUAACAGCACUAUCAACAAGGCAGGUCCUACAGGCCCUAGUUUCUACCUUCUUAACAACACUAUCAACAAGGCAGGUCCUACAAGCCCUAGUUUCUACCUUCUUAACAGCACUAUCAACAAGGCAGGUCCUACAAGCCCUAGUUUCUACCUUCUUAACAGCACUAUCAACAAGGCAGGUCCUACAAGCCCUAGUUUCUACCUUCUUAACAGCACUAUCAACAAGGCAGGUCCUACAAGCCCUAGUUUCUACCUUCUUAACAGCACUAUCAACAAGGCAGGUCCUACAAGCCCUAGUUUCUACCUUCUUAACAGCACUAUCAACAAGGCAAGUCCUACAAGCCCUAGUUUCUACCUUCUUAACAGCACUAUCAACAAGGCAGGUCCUACAGGCCCUAGUUUCUACCUUCUUAACAACACUAUCAACAAGGCAGGUCCUACAAGCCCUAGUUUCUACCUUCUUAACAGCACUAUCAACAAGGCAGGUCCUACAAGCCCUAGUUUCUACCUUCUUAACAGCACUAUCAACAAGGCAGGUCCUACAGGCCCUAGUUUCUACCUUCUUAACAACACUAUCAACAAGGCAGGUCCUACAAUCCCUAGUUUCUACCUUCUUAACAGCACUAUCAACAAGGCAGGUCCUACAAGCCCUAGUUUCUACCUUCUUAACAGCACUAUCAACAAGGCAGGUCCUACAAGCCCUAGUUUCUACCUUCUUAACAGUACUAUCAACAAGGCAGGUCCUACAAGCCCUAGUUUCUACCUUCUUAACAGCACUAUCAACAAGGCAGGUCCUACAAGCCCUAGUUUCUACCUUCUUAACAGCACUAUCAACAAGGCAAGUCCUACAGGCCCUAGUUUCUACCUUCUUAACAGCACUAUCAACAAGGCAGGUCCUACAGGCCCUAGUUUCUACCUUCUUAACAACACUAUCAACAAGGCAGGUCCUACAAGCCCUAGUUUCUACCUUCUUAACAGCACUAUCAACAAGGCAGGUCCUACAAGCCCUAGUUUCUACCUUCUUAACAGCACUAUCAACAAGGCAGGUCCUACAGGCCCUAGUUUCUACCUUCUUAACAACACUAUCAACAAGGCAGGUCCUACAAUCCCUAGUUUCUACCUUCUUAACAGCACUAUCAACAAGGCAGGUCCUACAAGCCCUAGUUUCUACCUUCUUAACAGCACUAUCAACAAGGCAGGUCCUACAAGCCCUAGUUUCUACCUUCUUAACAGUACUAUCAACAAGGCAGGUCCUACAAGCCCUAGUUUCUACCUUCUUAACAGCACUAUCAACAAGGCAGGUCCUACAAGCCCUAGUUUCUACCUUCUUAACAGCACUAUCAACAAGGCAGGUCCUACAAGCCCUAGUUUCUACCUUCUUAACAGCACUAUCAACAAGGCAAGUCCUACAGGCCCUAGUUUCUACCUUCUUAACAGCACCAUCAACAAGGCAGGUCCUACAGGCCCUAGUUUCUACCUUCUUAACAGCACUAUCAACAAGGCAGGUCCUACAAGCCCUAGUUUCUACCUUAACAGCACUAUCAACAAGGCAGGUCCUACAAGCCCUAGUUUCUACCUUCUUAACAGCACUAUCAACAAGGCAGGUCCUACAGGCCCUAGUUUCUACCUUCUUAACAGCACUAUCAACAAGGAAGGUCCUACAGGCCCUAUUUUCUACCUUCAUAACAGCACUAUCAACAAGGCAGGUCCUACAGGCCCUAGUUUCUACCUUCUUAACAGCACUAUCAACAAGGCAGGUCCUACAGGCCCUAGUUUCUACCUUCUUAACAGCACUAUCAACAAGGCAGGUCCUACAGGCCCUAGUUUCUACCUUCUUAACAGCACUAUCAACAAGACAGGUCCUACAGGCCCUAGUUUAUACCUUCUUAACAGCACUAACAACAAGGCAGGUCCUACAAGCCCUAGUUUCUACCUUCUUAACAGCACUAUCAACAAGGCAAGUCCUACAGGCCCUAGUUUCUACCUUCUUAACAGUAUCAGCAACAAGGCAGGUCCUACAGGCCCUAGUUUCUACCUUCUUAACAGCAUUAUCAACAAGGCAGGUCCUAUAGACCCUAGUUUCUACCUUCUUAACAGCACUAUCAACAAGGCAGGUACUACAGGCCCUAGUUUCUACCUUCUUAACAGCACUAUCAACAAGGCAAGUCCUACAGGCCCUAGUUUCUACCUUCUUAACAGCACUAUCAACAAGGCAAGUCCUACAGGCCCUAGUUUCUACCUUCUUAACAGCACUAUCAACAAGGCAGGUCCUACAGGCCCUAGUUUCUACCUUCUUAACAGCACGAUCAACAAGGCAGGUCCUACAGGCCCUAGUUUCUACCUUCUUAACAACAUUAUCAACAAGGCAGGUCCUACAGGCCCUAGUUUUGUCGCACUUUGACUACUGUUCAGUCGUGUGGUCAGGUGCCACAAACAGGGACUUUGCAGUUGGCUCAGAACAGGGCAGCACAGCUGGCCCUUCAAAGUACACGGAGAGCUAACAUUAAUGACAGGCAUGUCAAUCUCUCAUGGCUCAUAGCUGGAAGAGAGAUUGACUUCAUCACUACUUUUAUUUAUGAGAGGUGUUGACAUGUUGAAUGCACCGAGCUGUCUUUUUAAACUACUAGCACACAGCUCGGAAACCCAUGUAUACCCCACAAGACAUGCCACUAGAGGUCUCUACACAGUCCCCAAGUCCAGAACAGACUAUGGGAGGUACACAGUACUACAUAGAGCCAUGACCACAUGGAACUCUAUUCCACAUAAGGUAAAUGAUGCAAGCAGUAGAAUCGGAUUUUAAAAAGCAGGUAAAAAUAAAUCUAAUGGAACAACAGGGACUGUGAAGAGACACACACAAAGGUACAACACAUGCUUUGUGAUAUUGUUAUAUGGUGGCAGAACUAAUGGGGUUCCUUAAUAAACACCAGGAAGAGUAGCUGCUGCCUUGGCAGAAGUAAUGGGGUUCCUUAAUAAACCCAAGGAAGAGUAGCUGCUGCCUCGGCAGAACGAAUGGGGUUCCUUAAUAAACCCCAGGAAGAGUAGCUGCUGCCUUGGCAGAACUAAUGGGGUUCCUUAAUAAACCCCAGGAAGAGUAGCUGCUGCCUUGGCAGGAACUAAUGGGGAUCCUUAAUAAACCCCAGGAAGAGUAGCUGCUGCCUUGGCAGGAUUAACGGGGUUCCUUAAUAAAUACAAAGUCCCUUUUCCCAAAGAGCCCUAACUCCUUAGUGUGUAGCAACUGCAUUGUAACUACAUUGUGUGUGUGUAUUACAUCUGUGUGUAAUUGUGAUGAGAUCUGUUUCCCCAGCAAUCCGAGGCUUCUCUCCUCAACAUAAGAUCAAUAGCUUUGCGGAGGCCAAGGGUCUGGACCGGAUCAACGAGCGCAUGCCCCCCCGCCGUGACGCCGUCAACAGUGUGGGUGUCUCCAUGGGCCGCAUGAACAUGGGGGAGCCCAACGGCACCGACAACAACAGCAAUAUACAGGGAUGAUGCACACACACACACACACAUACAUUUAAACACUAUUUCAUACACACUCUGAAACACACACAUAGAUAUGAAGUACAUACACUAACAUACACACAUUUGACUUACACAUACUCACAAAUACACUUGAUUUAAACAUAAAGUACACACACAUACUUAUACAUACACAUAAACACAAACAUACAGGCUACACAAGUCAACAUAUACCCUUAUACAGUGAUGGCACACACACCAUCCUCCUCCUCCUCCCUACCCUGUCCUGUUGCUGCCCAGCCCACCUCUCCACCAGUGUGGCAAGACUUUGCCAUGGAUGAUUGAGGCGUCCUACUGGACAAACUGUACUGCAGGUUCCAUCAUUACCUGAUCUGACCUGGUCACACACACUACUGAAGGCCCCUGACCUGACCACAACACACUACGAAACACUCUACUGGACGUUCUGGAACACUCUACUGGACGUUUUAGAACACUCUACUGGACAUUCUGGAACCCUCUACUGGACGUUCUGGAACACUCUACUGAACGUUCUGGAACACUACUGAACGUUCUGGAACACUCUACUGGACGUUCUGGAACACUCUACUGAACGUUCUGGAACACUCCAAUGCAAAACAAAGAGCUACUGUUCUGUUCUCAUUGUGUAGUAGGGGUGACUGGGUGACAGAUGUUACCUUUCUGUUGUGUUGGGGGCAGAGGGAGAGUGGGGGGGAUUGGGGAGGGGAGGCAUGGGCUGAGAGGUCAACGAGCCUGAGGUGGCAUGCGGGAGAGGGACUUCCUGUCUGGGAUUUUCAGUUUCCUCUUCUCAUUUUAAAACAGGAAUUUUGUGGUCAGCCUGGUUGGUGGUUUACUUCAUUCACUUUAUUUUCUAAGAUAGAUAGAUAGAUAGAUAGAUAGAUAGAUAGAUAGAUAGAUAGAUAGAUAGAUAGAUAGAUAGAUAGAUAGAUUGAGAGAUAGAUCGAGAGAUAGAUCGAGAGAUGGACUGGAUGGUUGUUGUGAUGUCCAUGGGAGUUUAUUUGUGUGUGCUUGUGUCUGCAUUUGCGAUUGUGUGAGUGUAUGUGUGUCUGUGGGGGUGAAAUUUGAAUGGCUUUUUCAUAUGCAACGUACAAGGUUGUGCUAUCGAACAUGUUUUGCUACCAGUACUAUAUGAUAAUAACAGGACAUUCAAAUUAAACAUAUUAUUUAUUAACUUCAAGGAAAAGACUAUGUUGCCAGAAGGUUAAAAUGCAGUCUUAUUACCUGAGUGUUCUCUCUCGAUCUGAUUUUAUAAGCCAAUAUGCUCCACUGGUCAGUUAGUCAGGACUAAAGUGUGUGACCCACCGUUAAUUCACACAGAGUUCACAGUACACUCACUACACCCCAGACAGACGCUGCCUCUAAAGUCAGUCAGAUAAAUAAAACUGACCUUAGAUCAGUUUUAGUGGCAACGUCUUGUCUAUUCCACUCUUAUGUUCUAUUGCUAAAACUGAUCAUAUUUCACUUUUAAGGGCAACUUUUUAUCACUUUUACUUAUUUCACUUGCUGGGACUAGCUUCACGUUUAAUGUUCUAUUGCUGCCAAGUCAAUCAUAGAAAUAGAAAGCAUAGAAUGGACAACUGUAUCAGAAAUUGAAAUGUAGAAAUAACUAUGAUAGAUUGGCUGUUUUGCAGGCAUGCAAUCAGAAUCAGCAAUGAGUGAAGUCCAUUCCAUGCGUUCCAUUUCUACGAUGUCCUCUUAAUGUGCUGUCCAGUAGCCUAUAACCUGAGCUGGCUGCACUGGAGGAAAUUCCUAUAGUGUAUAUGCUGUUGUGUUCUACCUUGAAAAUGAAAUGAAGUGUUUUUGUGAGCAGUGACUAACAGAAGUCAACAGAAGGUUAUUUAUUUGUAAAGCAUUUAGAAACACAUCAAUGCAUGCAGUUAAGUUAUUUGGUCAUAAUAAUGUGAAAUUCGAUUUGUGCCGUGUUUCAGUAUGGUAAGUUCCCUUUUUCUUCCUUCAAAUAGGGAUCAUAUUUAUUUUGCAAAACAUUUAUGAUUUUUAUAAUUUUUGGGGGGUGAUUUUGUUAUUCUUUUUAAAAUGUUUUCCAUGAUUGUAUUAUGAGUUAAUGUAUUGUUUUAUUUUGAUGCUGUACAGACUGGAAGCUUCUAUGAGGUGAAAUGCAUUGUGACUCUAUCUCUCCUCUCUUCUCUGUUGAUGUACAGGAGUUGCUUUUAAACUUGCAAUAGCGUGAAUGAAUGACCAUACUAUAAAGAGACAGACUUUCAUUCAGGCAGCCAAAGCAUGAUUGCAUGGUAAACUCAUCUGUAAAAGCAGACACAGUUACAGAAGUUGUCUUUCAAAUUUUAAAGGGAAAGUUUACUCUCUAAUCAUAAUUCUUAAAUUAUAUUCUUGUUAUUUAAUAUUAUUAUAUUUAUAAUUAACAUUAUUCUUAAGCUCUCUGCUGGUUGCUCUUGCAUUUUUCUGAUCUUUGUUUGGUCUCAUUGUGCUUUAUUUUACGAGGUGAACUUCCUCGAGACCUUGUGCCAUAUAGUUUGUGCCAUGGCUCUCUGUCUCAUCACACACACUGUAAGCAUGCCCCAUGGGACAAACUACUUUUUUUACUCUUGAAUAAAAUAUGCAUGAACCUUU